CUACCCUGGUUGGUAGGUCCCUUACCUCUCAAAGCUUUUUAGAGAGAGAAAUAGGGUUUUAGAGAGAGAAAACCCCAAGGGUUUUAAACUUCCACAAAGAACCAAUAAUUCAAUGGAAGAAGCUUCGUCGCCAUUGUCGCAACCUAAAAAGAGAGGAAGGCCGAAGGGCUCCAAGAAGGUCACCGCUGAAGACAGAGAAAUUUCAAGUCCUAAGAUGAGAGACAGAGCUACAGCUGCCGGAAACAAAAAGGCCGCCGUUGUCGACGAUAAGUACAAUAACUGGAAGUUUGUAGUCCCCAUUCUGUACGACUGGCUUGCUAAUCACAACCUCGUUUGGCCUUCUCUCUCUUGCCGAUGGGGUCCACUGCUGGAACAAUCGAAGAACAAGAGUAGGCAGAGGUUGUAUCUUUCGGAACAGACUGAUGGCAGUGUUCCAAACACACUAGUAAUAGCAACAUGCGAUGUAGUGAAGCCAAAAGUUGCUGCAGCAGAACACAUAUCUCAGUUCAAUGAAGAAACUCGCUCUCCAUUUGUAAAAAAGUACAAAACCAUCAUUCAUCCUGGAGAGGUGAACAGAAUUCGGGAACUUCCACAAAACAAGAACAUUGUUGCUACACAUACAGACUGCCCAGAGGUCCUCAUUUGGGAUAUUGAAGCACAACCUAAUCGUCAUGCUCUUCUUGGAGCUGCUGUAUCUCAUGCUGAUUUGGUGCUUACAGGGCAUGCUGAUAAUGCAGAAUUUGCUCUUUCAAUGUGUCCAACUGAACCUUAUGUACUCUCUGGAGGAAAGGAUAAACUAGUUGUUUUAUGGAGUAUUCAUGAUCAUAUAUCAACAUUGGUUGGAGAAUCAAACACAACCAAUUCUUCAGGGUCAAUUGUGAAAACUUCUGAUAAUGCUUCUCUUGGCCCUCGUGGGAUCUUUGAAGGGCAUACAGAUACAGUUGAAGAUGUCCAGUUUUGUCCCACAAGUACACAGGAAUUCUGUAGUGUUGGAGAUGAUUCUUGCUUGAUACUUUGGGAUGCAAGAGUUGGAACAAAUCCAAUCACAAAGGUUGAAAAAGCACAUAAUGCUGAUGUUCAUUGCGUUGAUUGGAGUCCUCAUGAUGCAAACUAUAUUCUAACAGGGUCAGCUGACCAUUCUGUUUGUAUGUUUGACCGGAGGAAUUUGGUUUCUGAUGGAGUUGGAUCUCCUGUUCAUAAAUUUGAAGAACACAAAGCUCCUGUUCUUUGUGUUCAGUGGUGUCCAGACAAGCCUUCUGUGUUUGGGAGUUCAGCAGAGGAUGGUUGUGUUAAUAUUUGGGAUUAUGAACAGGUUGGACAAAAGAUAGAACGUGGGACAAGAUCUGCAAACUAUGCUCAAGGGUUGUUCUUUAAACACUGCGGACACAGGGACAAAGUGGUGGACUUUCAUUGGAAUGCAUAUGAUCCAUGGACUGUUGUGAGUGUAUCGGAUGAUGUUGAAUGCUCAAGUGGUGGUGGGACCCUUCAGAUAUGGCGCAUGAGUGAUUUGAUAUACAGACCAAGGGAUGAAGUGUUGAGCGAGUUAGAGGCUUUUAAGGCUCAUGUUGCUAGUUGUGGUCCAAGGGCAUCAUCAUAGGAUACAAGAUGACUGUUUUGUUUGACUUUGGUUGACUUAAGCUUAGAUUUUUCUGGAUGUUUGUUUAUGUUAUGUUGAAACCUAUGAAGAAGGAAAGUAAGUAGUAGCAGGGGGAUUUAUCUUUCUUAUUUUUGGGUGAAUUUUAUUUAUGUAAGAUCGCAUAUGGUUAUGAAUGACUAUUG